GCGACUUCAGCAGCCAAGUAAAGGAGUGGUAGAGAGGAAGGUUUAGAGUUGGAGGGCAGAGUCCAGCCCAGCCCACUUCAAGUCGAGUCCUGCACCAGUCUAUUUUCUCUCAUCACAAUCUGUCUCUUCUGAUCGUCAGUUAGAGCGUACUGUAUUCAUGCAAGACAACUGCGCUAAAUAAGAACACAUUCUCAGGCAAAGCUAAACUUCUAAAAGGUUUCCAGUGGAUUGUCCAGGCAUUGCACAGUUUUGGAUAUUGCUAUCACUUUGAAGAUUCUUAUUACCUUAUACUACAUUUUAAAAAAUGGACUGAUCUGUCAGAAACAACAUUCAAAGAUAGAUGUCCUAAGGAAUAUACAUUCCCCAAUUCCAACAUAUUGAAUUAUGGACUGCCUAAGAACUAUGUGAUGCAGAGUGGAAAGCAUCUUGUCAGCUAAAAAGACAGCAACAUUCUCCCAAUACCAAUGGAAGCAUCGCAUGCUGCUUACGCCGCUGUUGCUGCCCCCACUGUGGUUCCAGGGUACCUGCUCCGGAUGUUCCGCCAGUACCAGAGCAAUGCUGUCAUCAGAGAUCACUACAACUACACAGGCAAACUGAAGGAGAACAAGUACAAGGAUGGACUAAAGCCAGAGGCCAUAGCCUUUCUGCUGAUCUGCUUGCUCAUAGUGCUGGAGAAUGCUGUGGUGCUGUUGGCUAUCUGGAAGAAUAAGAAAUUCCACCUGCCCAUGUACUAUCUGUUAGGCAACCUAACACUCUCAGACCUACUAGCAGGAUUCACCUACAUGGUGAACAUUGUGACUUCAGGGGCCAACACGUUAAAGAUGACCCCUGUGCUGUGGUUCCUGAGGGAGGGGGGAGUCUUCAUAACGCUGGCCGCCUCCGUCAUCAGCCUCCUGGCCAUCGCCAUUGAGCGCCACGUCACCAUGGUGAGGAUGAAGCCCUACCGGGGGGCCAAGCGAGGCCGGAUGUUUGCCCUGAUCGGGGCCAGCUGGGUUCUGUCAGUGUUCCUGGGGGUGCUACCCGUCCUGGGCUGGAACUGUAUGGGCCGUCUGGACCAGUGCUCCACCGUCCUGCCGCUCUUCGCCAAAAGCUACAUCCUCUUCUUCAUCACCGUGUUCACCGCUGUGCUGCUGGCCAUCGUGGUGCUUUAUGUGCGCAUCUUCUGCACUGUCAAGUCCAACACAAAGCACCUGGGCUCUGGCCCGCAGCGCAAAGGCCUGGCCCGCAAGUCCCAGAAGUACAUGGCCCUGCUGAAGACCGUCACCAUCGUGCUGGGCGUCUUCAUCGUCUGCUGGCUGCCUCUCUUCAUCCUCCUCCUGCUGGACUUCUGCUGCCCGGCACGGAGCUGCCAGGUGCUCUUCAAGGCGGACUACUUCCUGGGCAUCGCCAUGUUCAACUCUCUCCUCAACCCCAUCAUCUAUACCCUGACCAGUAAGGACAUGAGGAGGGCCAUCCUGAGGCUGCUGUGUCGACGCUGCCUCCUCACCAAGGAUGGCCAGGUGAAGAAGAUAGGGGUGCCCUUCCUGGAGUGUAGUACCAGUAAGACUGAGGCGCCCUCCUCUGCCAACUUCACCCCUUCCACUAUUAAAGCCAUCUACCCCAGGAUGUCAAAGACAUGACUUGUCCAUGACGGCCCAAUGUGACUCAAAAGUAAUAAUGGAGUUUGGUCCAAUUACAGUAAGAGCAGAGUUUUGGAUACCCCCUUAACUGGACCGCUCUACGGCCCCAUCUUACAGCUGUGAGACUACUACAUGUUACGUAUGGGUUGUAAAUGGAACUAGAAGCAGAGAGGAAGUAAUACUCCUCCUCUCACCUCAAUGGUAGAGAACGUCAGCGGAACCCACCAUUGUUUGGCCUUCCUCCCCUGGCCUGGCAUUUUCCUCCUGGACAGAUAAGCUGGAGGUUUCCGCUUAAAGACUGGUCGGUCUAUUGUAAGCAAGUCAAACCUCAGUCACAGUGUUAGAGAAAUAAAUACCUUGUUGGUUUUUACUCUUCAGUGCCAAGCAUUUAACAGAUUAAUAUGCUGUUCUCAUACUGUAAAAUUCAUUUUCUCGUCUGCUGAGAUACAGUAUAUCUUUAAUACGUUAAAAAUCUUCGAUAAUCCAAACUGCAGAAAAACCCUCCUAAAGGGAUGGAUUCAUAUUUGUAGCAGUAUUUUGAAUUCACCAUUUACCGGUAGUUAAAGAGAACCACUCAACCAGCAGCUGCAAAAAUUAACGUUAUUCAUGUUUUUUUAUUAUACACAAAUUGAAAACUCAUUCAGUACAUUUUUUUUUUAGUCAUACACAUAAUUAAAGUAUACAUUUGAUUGAGACAUGCUAAGGCUCAUCCCCUCUCUUGAGAAAAUACAUAAUACAAACAUAAUGACAUGUAGUUAAAAAAGGAAGCAUCCACACCCAAAACUGCGGUCAGAACCAUGUCAUUUUUGUCAUCUGAUCUCGGGUCAGCUGGAAUUCUGGGUAGAGGUCCCCAGACCAACAUUAGAGGCUUGGUGGCUUAAAGACACACAGAGAAUGUCACAUGGAUGCCUCUUCUGGUUUGCACAUCUUUGGAGGUCUCUAAAACACAUGUAGCAGCAGACAUGAUUGUGAGCAAUAAAAAGAACAGAUUAGGCUUAUUGACGACUCUGGUUUUGUGGACUCAAAGUAUGGAAAUCAUAUGCAAACCACAGCCUGUUCACAAAAACAGUACAAGCUGUAGAAAAUCGAUCUUAUGCAAUGAAGUGUUAAGUCUAUCUUCUGUAAACAGUGGUUAAUAGAAAUUAGUCAAAGACAAAACACAAAUGCUUGGGGUUCCAUGUAUAAAGUUUCAUUGUGACAGCAGUGAUGUUUGAAAAGCAAGCAAUUCAAAUCUGUUUUCACAUUGUAUAUAAAUGUACAAAUGAAAAGAUUUAUAUUUCUGUCAUACCAUACUAUACAGGAUAUUGUGUAAAUAAAAUGAACUAUAGUUUCUGUAUUUUGUUUAUUCUGAACUAAACUAAAUGUAUGAGGCCACUGCCAAUGUUUUAUAUGUACAUUCAAACAAUAAAUAAAUGUAUGUGAACAAUAUCUACAAAAACAUAAUUUUUUGUCAUUGUUUUGCAGAACAAACAUCCAUAUAAAUAACAUUGAAUCUAGUCAUUUCCUCUCACCAUAUCUUUGUGAAGCCAGAGACCUCGUGUGAGAAUAUUAAAGUGUCAAUGUGGUGAGUGAGAUGUUUCAGAUCUUUCACAGGAAGCUUACCCUCCCAUCAUCCACCAGUGAUAAAAGGCGUUGACCUAUAUAGUCAUCACAUACCAUAU